AUGCUCUCACGUGCUGCUGUGAUGGGACCCCGCACACACAACCGUCGCCGCAUGACCGGAUCCAGCGGAAGGAGGAGGGAAGGAGGAGAGAGUGAGCCGCAGAGGCCCAACAUGUCCCGGCAUGUGUUUGCUUCCGCGGUGCUGCUGCUCCUCGUCGUGAUGAUGAUGUGCUGCGGCACCUGUGGAGCCGCGGCCGCUGGAGGGAAUAAUGGGAAGAGUGAUUUAAUAAAUAUUCAUAAGCUGCAGGGAGUCGAUCUAUUUGUGCCGCAGACGACGCUGGUGCGGCCGAAAGAGGGGACUUCUCCAGAAACGAAGUUGGAUUCCUUUGUUACACCCUCUCUCGUCAGUGCUGGUGGAGUAAUUGCGGCUUUUGCCGAAGGUCACGAAAACGUCCGAAAAGGCAAAGGCCAAUCAAUCAGGCACUUUUACUCUGAUGUUGUUGCGGGGUACAUUGACUCUGCGUGGAACUGGACCACUCUUGUUGACAAGGUCAAUCAAAGCUCAUGGAGGGCACACACCGUGCCUACUGCAACGGAGGCAAACGAAAAAAGUUUGGAUGGUAUGCUUAACCCCACAACAAUUGCGAAGGGCAACAAGGUGUUUCUUCUUUCGGAAAGCUUUCUUUGGUCCAAUUUAAGCGGAGAAAUUCAUUGGGACAGAUUGGACCUCAAACUGGUUGUGGGUACUGUCACGAAUCUACGG